CCGUACGGUAUGAUUGCCAACUUCGUCAUUCAUGUUAAAUUGUUGUUGCAAUCCAUAUGGAAGUACGGAGUUCAAUUGGAUCAGCGAAUUCCAGAUGAGAUUUUCAAGAAGUGGUUGCUGUGGAAAGAAGAACUUCCAAAAUUAAAUCAGUGUCGUGUGCCAAGAUGUCACAAUAUUUAUUUGUCUGCAGCUACAAAAAUAGUUCUUCACACUUUCGUCGAUGCCAGUGAAGAGGCGUUUAGUGCUGUUACUUAUCUUAGAAUUGAAGUUGGAGAUCAGGUAUCUGUUUCUUUCAUUGCCGGUAAAACAAGGUGCGCUCCUAAGAAACUUAUAUCUAUUCCGAGACUCGAGCUGUCAGCCGCUGUUUUGGGUAUCAGACUUUGCAACACGAUUAUCGAACAUCAUGAUCUGACAUUUGCUGAUAAAAUAUUCUGGAGUGAUUCAAAGACUGUUCUGAAUUGGCUUAAGUCAGAACCCCGUCACCAAAAACAGUUUGUAGGUUUUCGUAUCGCCGAAAUUCUUGAAAGCAGUCAUGUCAAUCAGUGGCGCUGGAUACCGUCAAAACUAAAUCCAGCAGACGAAGCGACACGUUCAAGAUAUCCACCGAAAUACAACCCCGAAAGUAAAUGGCUAAAUGGUCCAUCAAUCCUCGCAUUGCCUGAGGAUUCUUGGCCCUCACGACCCGAGGACAUUGAAAGUUACGUUUGUCAGGAAGAAAUGAAGCUGAAGUUUAUACUCUUUGCUCAAACACAUGUCAAAAGAAGCUAAUAUCGAAAGGAGAACUUUCGGCUUCAGAGUUGGAAAGCGCUGAAAGGGUAUUGGUAUCUGCAGCACAAAAGGAUGUAUAUUUGGAUGACAUGAUAGAGCUGAGUCACGCCCAGUGUGUUACCAAAACAAGCAACCUCUAUAAAUUAACGCCUUUUAUAGACAACGAUGGUCUCCUGCGUAUUUACGGGCGUAUCGAUGCUGCUACUACCAUACCAUAUGCCGCCAGACGCCCUAUUAUUUUGCCAAAGCAACACCAUCUCACAAAAUUAAUAGUAGCACAUUAUCAUUGCCGCCUCCGUCACCAUAAUAACGACACUGUUGUAAACGAAAUUCGACAGAAGUUUUGGGUACCAAAUCUGUGAGUAGCUGUGCAAAAGGCUAAGGCGAAUUGCCUUAUAUGUAAAUUUAGAUCCAUUAUGCCAUUGCCCCCACUGAUGGGGCAGUUACCUGAAGAUCGUCCCACACCUUUCGUAAGGCCAUUUUGGCCCAGUCUACGUUACUAUUGGACGAAGGCGGGAAAAAAGGUGGAUAGCUCUAUUCACGUGCAUGACUGUGCGAGCAGUCCACUUAGAAAUUGCUACCAACCUGUCAACAGAUGCUUGUAUAUUGUGCAUCUGCAAUUUCGUGAAUCGACGUGGGGUUCCAAAGCGCAUAAGAAGCGAUAGGGUUGGGGUCAAAAUUCUGCCGGGGUCAAAAUUCUUUUGUCAAAAUUCUGCUUUCAAAAUCCUGCUUUACAAAAUUCUGCUUUCAAAAUUCUGCUUUUCAAAAUUCUGUUUUUCAAAAUUCUGUUUUUUAAAAUUCUGCUUUUCAAAAUUCUGUUUUUCAAAA